GUAAUUCCUUCAGUUAUAAACGUUAUAAAAAGGAUUCAGUAUUAAACAUAAAGUGUUGUUCAAUUUUUCUAGAUAUGAUUUUUCAAAUUCUCAUUCGUUUCGCCGAUAUUUUUAUUCUUAUUGCAACGAUUUUUUUAAUUAUUUAUUCCAUUUAUUUAUAUCAACGAAAAUGGAUUCAAUUAUUGAGAUUAGCUUUUAAAUUACCAGGGCCGUAUGCAUUUCCGUUUAUUGGAAAUGGCCUCAAUUUCGCCUGUAAAGCCGAAGAAUUAUUAGAACGUGCAGUAAAAGUUGUUAAGCCUUAUGUUAAUUUAACACCUAUGAGAUUAUGGCUCGGUCCAAUGUUGUGUGUAAUUAUCUCAAAACCACGUGAUCUUGAGAUAAUUUUAAAUAGUCAACAAGCAAUUGAAAAGGGAUUUUCUUAUAAAUUUUUGAAACCGUUUAUUGGAGAAGGUCUUAUCAGUGGUUCUGGGCCAAUAUGGAAAUCCCAUCGUAAAAUUGUUGCUCCAAUAUUGACACAAAAAAUUCUUGAUAAAUUUUUAAUUAUUUUCGAUCGUCACAGUCGAAAUUUAAUGAGAGAAUUAAAAUCACUGUCAAAUGGCAGGGAAAUUGAUAUUCUUGGACCAAUAGAACUUUGUACCGCCAAUAUUGUUUGUGAAACUGUAUUGGGAUGUGAUGAUACUGAAUCAAUGCUCGAUUCUACUAAGGAAUUUUUACAUCAUUCAGCUGAAAUGUAUCGAGUGGCUAUCGAUCGUGUAAUGAAAAUAUGGCUCUAUCCAGAUUUUAUUUACAAAUUUACAGAAAAUUAUAAAAUAAAUUUGAAGGGACGAAAAAUUCUUACCAAUUUUGUUCAACAAUGCAUAGAAAAAGUGAAAACAAGACGAAAAUUAAAUAAAGAAAAUAAAAAUUCAAUUUUGGAUCGAAUUUUGGAUAUUUUGGAAAAAUCGGACAAUAAAAUGAGCGAAGAAGAACUUAAAGAUGAAAUGAUAACAAUUUUUUUAGCGUCUCAAGAUACUUUGGCAGUAAUAUCGAGUUUUGCAAUUUUAAUGUUAGGAAUACAUGAGAAAAUUCAAGACGAUGCACGAAUUGAAGUGAUGAGAAUUUUUGCUGAUAAUUCAAAUUCAAUGGAUAUAGAAAAACUUUCACAAUUGAAAUUUAUUGAGAAAAUUGUUAAAGAGACACUUCGACUUUUUCCCAUUGCGCCAAUAAUGGCAAGAACAACAAUUGGUGAAAUAAAAUUGGAUUCGUGUACAAUACCAGAAAGUUGUCAAAUAAUUUUAAUUCCAUUCUUGACGCACAGAAAUUCGGAAUAUUUUCAUGAGCCGGAAAAAUUCAAUCCAGAAAGAUUUGAUCCUGCUGAUGCUGUUGAGCGUCAUCCUUAUUCAUUUAUUCCAUUUAGUGCUGGACCCAUGGGAUGCAUUGGUCAACGAUUCGCUAUGAUGAGUUUAAAAACAAUAAUUGCAAAUUUUCUUCGAAAUUAUAAAAUCACCUCACAAGUUCAAUUAAAGGAAAUUCAACUGAAAACUGAUAUUUCCAUUCGUUCUAAAAAUGGUUACAAAGUUUCGUUAAAAUUAAUUUAACAAAAGUGAUAAAUAAAUUACUUUAAAAUUAAUUAAUUAAUAC